GCCCAAACUGAAAACAAUGUGAUGAGUACAGAGGACUUGCUCCAAGCUCAACUUGAGCUCUACCACCACUCCAUGGCGUACGUCAAGUCCGCAGCGCUCAGGGCUGCCACAGAUCUACUCAUCCCUGAUGCCAUACAUCGCCGCGGAGGUGUCGCCACGUUGUCCGACAUUGCGACUGAAACCGGGAUCCACCCGACGAAGUACUCCCAUCUCCGUCGGCUCAUGCAAGCCCUCACCGUCUUUGGCAUCUUCUCCGUCGAAGGCUGUGAUGGUGAUGCCAGGUACAAGCUCACCUUUGUCUCCCGCCUCCUUGUCGAAGACGGCGAGAACUUGUGCACCCAGUCUCCCAUUGUUCGUGUGCUUGUCGACCCGCUGUCUGUGACCGCUCUCUGCAGCAUAGGGGAGUGGUUCACUGACGAGCGGGCGUCAGCUAUGACACUAUUUGAGGUGGCGCAUGGCUGCACACGGUCGGAGAUGACAGCAAAGAACGGCACAGGUGGCCUUUUCCAGACCGGCAUGAUCGCCGACAGCCGCCUCGUCAUGGAGGUCGUCCUGAAGGAGCACAGUAGCGUCUUUCAGGGCGUGAGCUCGCUCGUCGACGCCGGCGGUGGCCAUGGCGCCGCAGCUGCAUCCAUCGCGAAGGUCCUUCCGCACGUCAAGUGCACUGUGCUAGACCUUCCACAUGUGGUCGCCGGCGCACCAACCAGUGACAACGUCCAGUUCGUUGCUGGCGACGUGUUUGAGUACAUACCACCAGCCGACGCUGUUCUGCUCAAGUGGGUUAUGUGUCUGUGGCAAGAUGAAGAUGCCGUCAAGGUAUUACGCCGGUGCAAGGAAGCCAUACCUAGUGGAGGGAAGGUGAUAAUCUUCGAUGCCGUGGUAGAGUCUGGGGGGUCGCAGAAUAUUCUUCUUAGGGAGACGCAGGCUCUAUUUGAUGUCCAGAUGAUGCGCGUCGAUGGCGGCGAGCGAGACGAGGAACAGUGGAGGAAGAUAUUCACUGAAGCCGGAUUCAGAGACUAUAAGAUCACUCCAAUGUUGGGAUUUCGAUCGAUCAUUGAAGUGUACCCAUGA